ACACCAGCUUCUUUUUUCACACACUUUCUUUUUUCUUUCAUUUUUUUUUUCACUGUCACGCGCAUUGCAUUUUGCUCCCUUCGAUUACUUCAACCAACAAAAAUACAACAGAGACUCAAACAUUCCUUCAGCUUCUUCGAUUUCCAUUUUCAGAUAUUCCCUUUGAUUCGUUCAGAUGAGAGAUCCUAAGAACGAUCCUAAACCUGUGAAACCCGCAGCUCAAUCCUCCCCUCUCAUUCUCGACAUCGAUGACUUCAAGGGCGAUUUUUCGUUCGAUGCGUUGUUUGGGAACCUAGUGAAUGAGCAGCUUCCGGCGUUCAGAUUGGAAGAUUUGGAAGCGGAAGAUUCUCUUCCAAAUGGCCAUGUUACCAACAAGUUUGUUGGUUCUCAGCAAGGGGCUUCCAGCCCUCUGUUUCCUGAGGUCGAGAAGCUCUUGUCGUUGUUCAAAGACUCUUGUAAGGAGCUCGUUGAGCUCCGCAAACAGAUUGAUGGGAGACUUCUCAAUCUUAAGAAAGAUGUUGCAGUUCAGGACAAUAAGCAUCGAAAGACACUUACCGAGCUAGAGAAAGGUGUAGAUGGACUGUUCGAGAGCUUUGCGAGGUUGGAUUCGCGUAUUUCAAGUGUAGGCCAGACAGCUGCGAAGAUUGGAGAUCAUCUCCAGAGUGCGGAUUCUCAGCGUGAAACUGCCAGUCAAACAAUUGAGCUAAUCAAAUACUUGAUGGAGUUCAAUAGCAGCCCAGGUGAUCUGAUGGAGCUUUCACCUCUAUUUUCUGACGACAGUCGUGUUGCUGAGGCUGCUUCAAUUGCCCAGAAAUUACGGACAUUUGCUGAGGAAGAUAUUGGUAGACUUUCAUCAGCUGUUGGAAAUGCAGCUGCUAGCAGAGGAUUAGAAGUUGCAGUUGCUAAUUUGCAGGACUAUUGCAAUGAAUUGGAGAAUAGAUUGAUUUCUCGGUUUGAUUCUGCAUCACAGAAAAGAGAAUUGACUACAAUGGCGGAAUGUGCCAAAAUUUUGUCUCAGUUCAAUAGGGGCACAAGUGCGAUGCAACAUUAUGUGGCAACACGUCCGAUGUUUAUUGAUGUGGAAGUAAUGAAUGCAGACACUAGGCUGGUUCUUGGUGACCAGGCUGUACAGGCUAGUCCUAGUGAUGUUGCUUCUGGGCUUUCGUCUUUGUAUAAAGAAAUCACAGAUACCGUUAGAAAAGAGGCAGCAACAAUAACUGCUGUAUUCCCUUCUCCAAGUGAAGUUAUGUCGAUUUUAGUUCAGCGAGUUUUAGAGCAGCGAAUCACAGCUCUUCUGGACAAACUCUUAAUGAAACCGUCUCUUGUGAAUUUACCUUCCAUGGGGGAAGGUGGGCUGCUAUUAUAUCUUAGAAUGCUGGCAGUGGCAUAUGAAAAGACUCGAGAACUUGCGACAGAUCUACGGACUGUGGGAUGUGGUGACUUGGAUGUCGAGGGUCUGACAGAGUCCCUGUUUUCUAGUCACAAAGAUGAAUAUCUUGAAUAUGAGCAGGCAGCUCUUAGACAAUUAUAUAAAGUGAAGAUGGAGGAAUUGCGAGCGGAAGGCCAGAUUUCUGAUUCAUCUGGGUCACUUGGACGCUCAAAAGGAGCAUCAGUGGCUGCUGCUUCAUCUCAGCAACAAAUAUCUGUCACUGUUGUGACAGAGUUUGUCCGUUGGAAUGAAGAAGCCAUAUCAAGAUGCAAUCUCUUCUGUUCCCAGCCUGCCACACUUGCAACCCAUGUUAAAGCCGUGUUUACAUGUUUACUAGAUCAAGUCAGUCAAUAUAUUGCGGAUGGGCUUGAACGAGCUAGAGACAGCCUGACUGAGGCAGCUAAUUUACGGGAAAGAUUUGUGCUGGGUACAAGUGUGAGCCGUAGAGUGGCUGCUGCAGCUGCAUCUGCUGCUGAGGCUGCCGCUGCAGCUGGAGAAAGCAGUUUCAGAUCAUUCAUGGUUGCUGUACAACGUUCUGGAAGCAGUGUAGCUAUUAUUCAACAAUAUUUUGCAAAUUCUAUAUCCCGGCUUCUACUUCCCGUGGAUGGUGCACAUGCUGCUUCUUGUGAAGAAAUGGCAACAGCAAUGUCCAGUGCAGAGGCUGCUGCUUACAAAGGACUACAACAGUGCAUUGAAACUGUCAUGGCCGAGGUGGAGCGAUUACUCUCAGCUGAGCAAAAGGCAACAGACUAUCGAACAUCUGAUGAUAAUCUGGUUCCUGAUCACCGGGCAACCAAUGCCUGCACAAGGGUUGUGGCUUAUCUUUCUCGUGUGCUGGAGUCCGCAUUCACAGCUCUAGAAGGUCUUAACAAGCAAGCAUUCCUGACUGAGUUGGGAAAUCGCUUGCACAAGGUGUUGCUAAACCAUUGGCAAAAGUUUACGUUUAAUCCAAGUGGGGGAUUGCGACUGAAGCGCGACAUCACUGAUUAUGGAGAUUUUGUGCGUAGUUUCAAUGCUCCUUCUGUUGAUGAGAAAUUUGAGUUGUUGGGCAUAAUGGCCAAUGUCUUUAUUGUUGCUCCGGAGAGCCUUGCAAGUUUGUUUGAGGGUACACCUAGCAUUCGCAAGGAUGCACAAAGAUUUGUUCAGCUUAGGGACGAUUACAAGAGUGCUAAACUUGCAGCCAAACUCAGUUCCUUGUGGAAUUAAUGAACAUGGUCUUGUGAUCUUUAAACCCCUCUCGAACAUGGUGGAGUUGAUAUGCCAUGGUUCUGGCAUGAGCUGACCCAAUUACACAGUUUGUUACCAUACGAAAACCUAGGAGGCCAUUUUAAUCGGCGGUUUUAGUAGAGCUUAGUUAUUCCCUCUGGUAUUUGGAGGCAUGACUAGGAAGGAAGACAGUUUGUGUAGUUUUAAUUUUUCUUAUGUCUUUUUUAUUGCAGUGUCCAUUUCUAGUUUUGAAUUGUGUGUGUAAAAUGUUGAUAUUUUAAUUUUCCAUGUAAAUCAAAAUUUUACCGAGUUGUUAGAUUGGUGUAAUUGCUUAGACCGAAAAUAUUGUCAAUACAUUAUCAGAGUGUGUAAAUUAGUUUUAACAAUGCUGAUUUUGGAGUGCAACGUAUUAAUGGUCUCUGCUAAUAGAUGUCUAUUUACUCGUAAAA